AAAGACAUAACCUCAGAUCUUGAGGCUUUUGAACCCCCCUUUUGUUUUUUUUUCCUUCACACUAACCCAAAAAAAAUACGAAAUGGGUUCUCGGCGAAUCUGGCAAAUGGGUUUGUUCCUGUGGGUGUUUGUGCUUGCCGGAGUUAUAUGUUCCGGCGAGAGCUCCUCCGUGGAUAGCGGCGUAGGGACGGUGUACGUAGACGGAAGAGCCGCCGUGGGAAGAACCGACAGCGACUUCGUAUGUGCCACGUUGGAUUGGUGGCCGCCGGAGAAAUGCGACUACGGCACUUGUAGUUGGGACCAUGCUUCUCUCCUCAAUCUGGACCUAAGCAACAACAUUCUUCAAAAUGCAAUCAAAGCUUUUGCUCCACUGAAGAUAAGACUGGGAGGGACAUUACAAGACAUCGUCGUAUAUGAGACACCAGAGCUGAAGCAGCCUUGUGUUCCGUUCACUAGGAACUCUUCCGUCCUCUUUGGUUUCACAGAGGGAUGCCUUCCGAUGCGCCGAUGGGACGAGAUCAACGCCUUUUUUCAGAGAACCGGGGCUGAAGUCGUUUUCGGGUUGAAUGCUCUUUCCGGGCGUAAGGUUCAACCAGAUGGGUCUGCAGUCGGAGCCUGGGACUAUACAAAUGCUGAAUCAUUCAUUCGGUAUACGGCGCAGAAAAAUUACACCAUCCAUGGAUGGGAGCUCGGCAAUGAGCUAUGCGGAAACGGGGUCGGGGCAAGAGUUUCGGCCAAUCAGUACGCUCUAGACACCAUAGCUCUCGGAAACAUAGUGAACAGAGUUUACAAAGACGUGAGUUCCAAGCCAAUGGUGAUCGGCCCGGGCGGAUUCUUCGACGCGUCGUGGUUCAAAGAAUACUUGGAUAAAACGGUGAACUCCCUCGACGCUGCAACUCACCACAUCUAUAAUCUCGGUCCAGGAGUUGAUGAUCAUCUGGUGGAGAAGAUCCUCGAUCCUUCUUACCUCGAUGGAGAGGCUAACACGUUUAGGAGCCUCCGGGACGUAAUCAAGAGCUCGCCAACUAAGGCGGCGGCAUGGGUCGGUGAGGCGGGCGGAGCGUAUAACAGCGGCCACAACCUUGUCUCCAAUGCAUUUGUGUAUAGUUUCUGGUACCUGGAUCAGCUCGGUAUGUCGUCGCUCUAUGACACGAAAACGUACUGCAGGCAGUCGCUGGUCGGAGGGAACUAUGGACUGCUCAAUACUACUAACUUCACACCGAAUCCAGACUACUACAGCGCUCUACUCUGGCACCGGCUCAUGGGAAGAAACGCAUUGUUCACAAGCUUUUCGGGCUCGAAAAAGAUACGAUCUUACACACAUUGUGCAAAACAAUCGAAAGGGAUAACGGUUCUACUGAUGAACCUCGACAACACCACAACGGUCCAGGCGAGAGUCGAGUUCAACGGCUCCUCGAUUCUACGCCAUACGGUGCAUCAUAGGCACGGGAGCAAAUCCUCCCGUAAAAGAGCGUUUCCCGGGCUGCCGCGGCCUUGGGUCUCGAAAGGGUUGAUGGGAAGGGAAGAGUACCAUCUAACCCCGAAAGACGGGGAUUUGCACAGCCAGAGCGUGCUGCUCAACGGGAACGUCCUGAGCGUAAGCCCGACCGGCGAAAUGCCUUCCCUCGAGCCGAGAUCCGUGAGCUCGACGGAUCCGAUAACGGUCUCGCCUUUAUCCAUUGUGUUUGUGCACAUGCCGAAUGUGGUCGCACCUGCUUGUAGCUAGGUAUCUGCAGUUGGAACUGAAACCAGUUCCUUUUUUUUUCAGUUAUUUGAUUAGAAAAAAAAAUGGGAGAAAAUAAAAAUUGCAUUGAUUCUGGAGAUUUAAGUAAUAAAAAUUGCCAAAUUGAAAAUAAAAUUUUGGU